AGCAUUUGUAAAUAAAACAUAUUUUUAAAUAAAUUUAUUUAAAAAUUACUUUUAAUUAAGUUUUGAAUUAAAAAUAGUUUACAAAAUGAGUUCAACGAAGAAGUUAUCGCAGAAAGAGUUGAGAGAAAUGAUGAGAGAUAUGAAGGAAUCCAAAGACAAAGAGGGCUUACCUUCGCUCCAGAAGAAGACAAUUGAGUCGCCGUUAGCGCGAUAUGACUCCCGAGGAAUACUCUCUUGUAUUGUAUGCCAACAGACCAUCUCUUCAGCCGCUCUCUGGUCGUCACAUAUCGUUUCCAAGUCUCACAAAAUGAAAAUGGAAGAAAUGAAGAGAAGAAAAUCGGAUCAAAAGAGGAAUGAAUCCAAAAGUGAUGUCAAAAUUGAGACUAAACCACAAGAAGUAAAGCAAACUGUGAAACGAAAAAUGGAGACAAAUUCAGAUGAAAUACAGAAUAAAUUAUCUAAAAAUACUUCUGAAUUAAUAUCUCAAGAGUUAGCGAAUGAAUCAAAUGAAGUGAUGGAAACAAAUGAUGAUUUGGCGGACAAUUCAAAGACAGAAAGUAAAUCCCAAGAAUCAGGUCUUCCGAGCGAUUUCUUUGACGAUUCAAAACAAAUUGCGGUAAAAAAUGAGGAAAUAAUUGAAUCAAAAGACGAAGAAAUGGAUACCAAUGACGAGGAGAAGGGUUUGCCGAAAGGCUUUUUUGAUGAUCCAGUGAUGGACGCGAAGGCACGAAAGGUUGUGUUCAAGAAUCCAAUGGAUGAACAGUGGGAACAGUUCCAGAAAGUGAUCGCUGAGGAGAACAACGCGUCCGAGAAUAUCAUUGUCGAAGACAUCGAAGAAUUACAAGUAGACCGCAAUUUGGAGGAAAUUGAGGAACAGAUCGCCAAUUGGCAGAAAGUGAAUGAAAUGCAGAAAAAGGCGGAAAUACUUCACAACCAUAUCGUCAACAAAAGAGAUGCCAUCAAAGAGGAGAGCAGUGAUUCAGACGCCGAUGAAUAUGAUCUCAACGUCUUCUCCAAUUGGAGAUCACGAAAGGCUCUUAACUCCAAAUAAGUCACUUUUGACCAACAUUUCAAUGAUAUCUUUUCGUUUAUCCUAUCA